CCCGUCGUCAACUUCUCAACUCAAGUCUUACAGGCACGCCGAAGCGGCCUCCAUCAACCACCCGCCUCCAUCAACCACCCGCCUCCAUCAACCACCCGCCUCCAUCAACCACACGCUUCCAUCAACCACACGCCUCCAUCAACCACCCGCCUCCAUCAACCACACGCCUCCAUCAACCACCCGCCUCCAUCAACCACACGCCUCCAUCAACCACCCGCCUCCAUCAACCACCCGCCUCCAUCAACCACACGCCUCCAUCAACCACCCGCCUCCAUCAACCACACGCCUCCAUCAACCACCCGCCUCCUUCAACCACCCGCCUCCAUCAACCACACGCCUCCAUCAACCACCCGCCUCCAUCAACCACCCGCCUCCAUCAACCACCCGCCUCCAUCAACCACCCGCCUCCAUCAACCACCCGCCUCCAUUAACUACACGCCUCCAUCAACCACCCGCCUUCAUCAACCACCCGCCUUCAUCAACCACCCGCCUCCAUCAACCACACGCCUCCAUCAACCACCCGCCUCCAUCAACCACCCGCCUCCAUCAACCACACGCCUCCAUCAACCACCCGCCUCAACCACACGCCCAUCAACCAACCGCCUCCAUCACACACGCCUCCAACCACCCGCCUCCAUCAACCACCCGCCUCCAUCAACCACACGCCUCCAUCAACCACCCGCCUCCAUCAACCACACGCCUCCAUCAACCACCCGCCUCCAUCAACCACCCGCCUCCAUCAACCACCACCCGCCUCCAUCACCACCCGCCUCCCACCCGCCUCCAUCAACCACACGCGCCUCCAUCAACCACCCGCCUCCAUCAACCACCCGCCUCCAUCAACCACCCCGCCUCCAUCAACCACCCGCCUCCAUCAACCACAUGCCUCCAUCAACCACCCGCCAUCAACCACCCGCCUCCAUCAACCACACGCCUCCAUCAACCACACGCCUCCAUCAACCACCCGCCUCCAUCAACCACCACCCGCCAUCAACCACCCGCCCAUCAACCACCCGCCUCCAUCAACCACACGCCUCCAUCAACCACACGCCUCCAUCAACCACCCGCCUCCACCCUCUCUCCUCUAUGA